GCAGCUUCAGGGUGGACGGGAGGGGCUGCAAAAGCCAAAGCUUUGCUGGCAGGGGCUUCUCUUCCACCACCUCAUCCCCAAAUGUCCCCUGCAGCUCCUCCCCGUGUCCCCAGUCAGUCCCAGCCGGGCUGGGAGGAGGCUCUGGGCCCUGAUGGAGAACGGGGACAGCUCCCGAGAGCCCUGCAGGUAACCCGAAUUUGUAAAUCUUGGUGAUUAAAAGCUGCCUGUUGUCUGUGCAGGCUCCAGCAGAGGGAGUGUGGCUGCACGGAACGGGAUCAGAACGCUCUUGCCUUCAGCAAAUCCAGGCAGGACCAAUAAGAAAAAAACACCCCCAAAUCCUAUCUCAGAGUUUGAAAUCACAGGACAUGAACUCGACCUCUGUGCGUGAACCAGCUGAUUCCCAGUGAUGCCUCGAGAGGAAAAAAUUCCCUCCCUGUCUCUCCUUAAUGCAUAGGAGCUCCUUGCUGUGUUGUUCCCCCAAAAAAAUCCUCCAGGGGAGCUGGAAAAACCCCUCCAGGCUGUCCCUCACCCCGUGUGCCUCCUCUAACCCCUCUCCCAGGGGUGGGAGAAGCUCUGUGGCUCAGGCAAGGAUUGUUUCCCUGAAAUUCUCCGGGCAUCUGGCCACAGACUGCCUGAGCAGCUCCUCGGGGGGUGUUUUCAUCCUUGGCUGAAUUUCUCUGGGUUUGGAGGCUGCAGAAUCCGGCGGUUCCCGCAGCAGGGAGUUCUGCAGUUCCUCUUCUCCUCCUUGGAAAUUCCGGGUGUAUUUGGCAAAUCCCAGCGAGCUCCCGCGCCCCAGGCCGUGCAGGGUUUGUGCAUCAGCCCCAUCCCGCCCUGGUUCUGGAGGGGCCGGCAAAAAAACCACAAAAACCCGCACCUGUCAUGGGAAAAAAAGGGGGGAAAAAAUCCCGGAGCUCCUCCAGCACGUCGUGGCCUGGCGAGGAAGCUAUUUUCACCAGCCUCCCACACACGCUGCGAUGCUCGAGCAGCAAAGAGGAACCCCAGCGUUAAGCACAGCUUUAACAGCCCUGCUUUAGCUCACCGGCGCUUGCCUUGCAGAUGCGCGCUUUUCUGAAUGUGCGGGGGUUUUUGUUUGUUGGUGGGGUUUGGGGUGGUUGUUUUGGGUUUUUUUGGUGUUUGUUUUUGUUGUUGUUGUUGUUUUUGUUGGGGUUUUUUGUUGUUGUUGGGGUUUUGGGGUGAUUUUUUUUUUUUUUUUUUUUUUUUUUUUUUUUUUUUUUUUUUUUUUUUUUUUUUUCCCCCGGGAACAUCUGCCCCCAAAAUCCCCGGGGAUCGCUGCCGGCUCUCCCCGGAGGCAAUGCAGUGCUUGGCGCCACUGCGAUUUCAAGGUGUUUUUCCCAGACUCAGCCCUCCCGGCUGUCCCCUGCACGGUCCCGGGAUGAGAUUCCAGCACUCCCGGAGCGCUGAGCUCGGGGCAGAGCGCCGGGAAUCGCCUCCCGAGCCUGCGAACAGCUCCGGGGUCACAUCCCCGCAGCUCCCCCCUCCGAACUCCCCCAUCCCGAGGGAUGCAGGAUGGGCUAUCCAUCCCCCCGGGAAGGCGGCAGAGGGGCUGAAUUCCCGAGGGAAUGACCCUUGGGAACAGCCCGUGUAGCAGAUGGCUCUGCCCCGCAUCCUCCACCCCGGGAGCAGCGAGCUGUGACCGACCUCUGCUGCCCUGGGCUGAAACACCAGAGCGACCCCAAAGUCCCCUUGGAACAUUUGGUGAGGAGGGAAGUGGAUGUGGAUCUCUCCACGUCCUUUCCCGCGGUUUUCCUAGGAUUAGGGAAGGCUCUGCCUCUCCCUGGCUGUUCGCUGCUCCUCAGUGCGGGACCCGCUACCAGCCAGGAUGGGCUGGAAAAAAUGCAUGGAACAGGGAAAGAAACCCUUUCCUGUAAAAUAACCCUUAAAAAAAUAAUCAUGGGGAAGGGCGCCUUUCCCUGUGCCUGCCCUACUUGCUGGGUUCCAGGCUGCUUCUCCUGCCUCUCCAAAGGCAUCUCCUCAACUUCCAGCCUUUCCCUCCACAUCCUCACACGCUCCCCGCUCCCUCCCAUCGCUGCCGGAUCCGGCCCGGACCCCCCCGCCCGCUCUUUGCUCCUCCCUGGGGCUCCCGGGGACCAUCUGGGUCCCUGCCCGGCAGAGGCGAGGGGAGGGCGGUAGGAGGGACCGGCGAGGCGGGGAGGGGAGAAGGAUGCUCCGGGGGUGGCUCUUGGCUUCCUCGCCCGCCCGGAGCUCGCAGGGGCUCGCCUGGAGGAUGUCUCACCCCCUCGGCACAGGUGUCACUGCUGGGGGAGCGCUGGUGCCGAGCUCGGAGCAUGCUGCUGAGGGCCGGCCCCGGGAGGUUUCUGGAGCAGCACCUUCUCUUGGUGGAGAGCGCCGAGCAGCAGCGGCCGCCUCGGGAACCGCUCCCGGAUCCAUUCAUGACUGAGGAACCUCCCGCCCCAGCCGAGCCCGAGCUGCCGCCCUCCAACCUCACCAACGGCACGGACUGCGGCGAGGAGAUCCUGCUCUAUGGGGACACCGAGAAGGUGGUCAUCGGGGCCGUGCUCUCCAUCAUCAUCCUCACCACCAUCGCUGGCAACGGGCUGGUCAUCAUCUCCGUGUGCAUCGUCAAGAAGCUCCGGCAGCCCUCCAACUACCUGGUGGUGUCCCUGGCCGCCGCCGACCUGUCGGUGGCCUUCGCCGUCAUGCCCUUCGUCACCAUCACGGACCUGGUGGGGGGCGAGUGGCUCUUUGGGAAGGUCUUCUGCAACGUCUUCAUCGCCAUGGACGUGAUGUGCUGCACCGCCUCCAUCAUGACCUUGUGCAUCAUCAGCGUGGACAGGUACCUGGGCAUCACGCGGCCGCUGACCUACCCCGUGAGGCAGAACGGGAAGCUGAUGGCCAAGAUGGUCUUCAUCGUGUGGCUGCUGUCGGCCUCCAUCACGCUGCCGCCGCUGUUCGGCUGGGCGCAGAACGUGACGGUGGAGCGGGUGUGCCUCAUCAGCCAGGACUUCGGCUACACCGUGUACUCCACGGGCGUGGCCUUCUACAUCCCCAUGGCCGUCAUGCUGGUGAUGUACGGCCGCAUCUACAAGGCGGCCAAGGUCAGCGCCGAGAAGCACCGCUUCAUGAACUUCCCCAAGCACUACGAGGAGGAGGGCGUCUACUGCCUCGAGGCCUCCGGCCGCGCCCACCACAGCUCGCGGCGCACCAAGGCCGUGGAGGAGUGCGCCACGCUCUCCAAGCUGCUCCGCCAAGACCGCAAGAACAUUUCCAUCUUCAAGCGGGAGCAGAAGGCCGCCAGGACCCUCGGCAUCAUCGUGGGGGCCUUCACGUUUUGCUGGCUGCCCUUCUUCCUGAUGUCCACGGCGCGGCCGUUCAUCUGCGGCAUCCGCUGCAGCUGCAUGCCACUGCGGCUGGAGAGGACUCUGCUCUGGCUGGGCUACACCAACUCCCUCAUCAACCCCCUCAUCUACGCCUUCUUCAACCGGGAUUUGAGGACUACUUUCUGGAACCUGCUGCGCUGCAGGUACAGGAACAUCAACAGGAGGCUCUCGGCCGCCAGCAUGCACGAGGCCCUGAAAGCCACGGAGAGGCACGAGUGCAUCCUGUAGUGCCUGGAACGCCGGCUCCUGCCUCUCCACACCGGGUUCCUCGCUUCCCCGGCCUCCCAGGGGCUGGCAGGAGCUGCCCAGCCCUGCCAGACAUUGCCACUGAGAGGGACGGCCCUUCCCCUCACCCCAUGAGGAGCCACGGUUCUCCUCAUCCCGGGAAUAAAUGGAGGGAACUUUGGGAACAGCUCUUCCUUCUCACUCUGUCCCUGGUGGGAGCAAGACCUAGGGGGUUCAAGGCCUACCAACGACUGUGGGCAAGUCACGCCACCUUUCUGUGCCUCAGUUUACCCAUCUGUUACUAAAGUUUAAAAAAAAAAAAAAAAGGAGGAAAAGAAGCCCUCCCAGCCAAGCAACCAAACAAAAAAAUAAUGCUAAAAACUUGAUAAGACUGUGGCUCUCCACCUUCAAAAAGGGCUCUAAGGUCUGUGGAGGGCACACAAAAUCCUGUGUAAAGAUUGGCUGCACUUCUCUGUGGAAUCUGACAGCAGCUCCGUUGUACAUCCAAGCCCCCGUGCCAUCCCGGCUUAUCCGAACCCUUCUCCCCGAUGUAAUUGCAUUUCACACCCCCAGCUCACGUCCAGGUUUGCACGUCAGAGCAGAAAUACCAAUGACCCCGUUUCCCCCCACACUGUAGCACUGCAGCACUUGAAGGAGACGGAUUUGCGGGAUGAAACACAGACGAACACGGAGUUUCCUUUGUGGUUGGAUAGGGAAGUUUGACGCCUCCUCCUCAGCAGGGCAAGGAUCAGAGAGAGAAGCCAGUUGUGUUUAUUGGGUUGUACUGUAAUUCAUUCCCAGACGAGUGACGUGUGUUCAUCAUUUUGUGGCUAAUUGACUCCAUAAAAGCACGCUUUGGUUGACAACAGAAAAAAGCAUAUAAUUUCCCUGACAGCUUUAUGGUGUUUCAGUAUGAUGUCCAGCAAGCUUGAAAAAAUACACUGAAUGAUGUUAUCUUUUUCUUAAAAAAAAAAACAAAAAGAAAAAAAAAGGUUUGGUUUCCUUAUUUUGGUGUAAAAUCUUUGGUCUCUCUGACUUCAAAGCGUCUCUUCGCUUUUUUUGUGGUGGUGGCCUUGUUUUCCUGCAAUUGUCUUUUCUCAUGAUCAGCACUGUAGUAUAAAUUUGCAGCCCCACAAAUCUUUGCCUGCUUGAUCAUAGACUCAUAAAAUCCCAGAAUGGUUUGGGCUGGAAUAAACCUUAAAAAAUCAUCUUAAAAGUCAUGGGCAGGGACACCUUCCACUAUCCCAGGUUGCUCCAGGCCCCGUCCAACCAGGUCUUGGACACUUCCAGGGUAGCUGAUGUCUGCUCCAGUUCUUGUUGAACAUCUCUGGGUUUUUUUUGUCAAAGCCAGACUGCGCAGAGGCUCAGGGAAAGUUGUUUUUAGUGGUCUUUUUACUCCAAAUUUGCUUUAUCUGGUGUGAGUGGUGUAGUUCCACCUCUGGCACCAUCAGGAAUUCUGAGGCCUCCAUUCAUAUCUGAGCUGGGUGUUGGAUGUCCUGGCUGACUGCUGGCAAGUUUU